AUGCAUAUACACAAACUGAAGAAGAAAAUUAAAAAGAAGAAGGAAGGGAAGUACCUGACAAAAAAACACAUCCUAAAGAAAUUAUUUUUGAAUGAAGAAGAAUUUCGUAAGCUUUGUAUUUUUAAAGGAAUAUAUCCAAAGGAUUUUAAAGAAAUUCCUUUGAAAUAUCGAAAAAAAUUUUAUAAACAUAAAGUGUUUUAUACUAGAAAUGAUUUUUUAAAAUUAUCACAUGAAAAAAUAAUUAAUGAUUUUAGAAAAAUAAAAAUAUAUUUAAAAAAAUAUAAAAAAUGUAAAUUAACUUUAGAAGAUUUUACUCGUUCUAAAAAUAUUAUAGCAAACUUCCCUGUAUAUAAAUUAGAACAUAUAAUAAAAGAACGAUAUCCUAUAUUGUCCUAUGCUGUGGAUCAUUUAGAUGAUGCCUUAAGUUGUAUUAUUGCUUACUCUCAAUUACCCUCCAAUCAUAAAUAUGGUAUUAAAAAUAAUAUGGUUAAAACAUGUGAAAUGUUGAAAGACCAUUUUCAUUAUUAUGUAUAUAAGACGAAUAAAAUUAAAAAAGCCUUUAUAAGUGUUAAAGGAUAUUAUUUACAAGCAGAAAUUUUAAAGAAAAAAGUCACAUGGAUUAUACCACAUAUAUUCACACCUUAUAUAGAUACAUCAAUUGAUUUUAAAUUAAUAUCCGAUUUUAUUGAAUAUUACAUAGCCCUCUUGAAAUUUGUAUUAUUCAAAUUAUAUAAGCUUGAUAAUAUGUUAUAUCCUCCAAAACAAGAUAAUGACUUGAAAAAUGAAAAACUCGCUCACCUCUCUUAUGACAAAGAUUAUAGUACAAACGAGAAUAAUAUAGAUAUCGAGUUGAAAGAAGAACUAGAAAGCAAAUGUAAUGUAAAUACAAAUGAAGAUCUUACCACAUGUCAGGAAAAAACAGAAGAAAAAAAUCACAAAUAUGAUAACAACCCACAUGGACAUACAACUAAUAUAGAUAAUAACAAUUUUAGUAAUAUCGAUCUGCAAGAUAAUUCUGGUUUAAAUAAAAAUGAAGAAAAAAAUUUAACAAAUAAUAAUAUAAUUCAUAAAAACAAUGAAGCUGAUAAUGGACGACAUGUUCAUCGAGACGAUCAUAUUGAUAUAGAUGAACAUAAUAAAUUAAAAGAAUUAUUUAAAAACCACAUCUUUUAUAUUCACAAUGAUAUGCCUUUUGAUGUACUCUCGAUUAUUAUCUUAUCAUGUGGAGGCAAAAUAUCGUGGAAUUCAAAGAUAUCCCCAAUACAGUAUGAUGAUAAUAAUAUUACUCAUGAAAUAUACGAAAAAGAUAAAAACAACACUAUUCGUUUGAAUAAUCCUGAAAAUGAAUAUAAAAGAAUUCACAUACAACCACAAUAUAUAUUUGAUUGUUUAAAUGAAAAAAAUAUAUUACCGUGUUCAGAUUAUUUAACAGAUGUGGAAAACUUACCUGUACACUUGUCACCAUUUAUUGAAGAUGAAAAUUUUAAAAAUCUAGUUAAGAAAGAAGAAUAUACCAUAAAUAAAAUCCUUAAUCAAAAAAUCAAAGAAGAACAAUAUAAAGAUUUAUCUAAAGAAAAUAAUAAUAUUUUUAAAACACCAAAUUAUAAAGAAGAAGAUGAUGAUGAUCGUGAAACAGCGAAUCUUAUAUUAAACAACAAAAGACAAGCAGCCUUAAAUAAUCAACUAGAAAGGGAAAAUGAACACUUUGAUCAAUUAAAACAAAAUGAUACUAUAUUGAACAAACAAACUGAGCAAACGCAAAAUUUAAAAAUACAAGAACAAGAAAUACAAAGACAUAAAAUCGUACUUAGCAAAAAGAAAAGGAAAUUAUUCGCCCGCAUAGAUAUGGCACAGAAGCGACAAAAGGCAACCAUAGACAAAUUUAUGAAGAAAAUAAAUAAAAAUAAAAGUAAAUAA